GGCGGAGGGGGGUGGAGGGAGGAAGGGUUUGGCGGAGAGGCUGAGGAUGGGGAGCUUGGUGGAGGAUGGGCUCUCGUACAAGGAGAGCUUCAUCGUGAGGUGCUACGAGGUGGGGAUCAAUAAGACCGCCACCGUGGAGACCAUCGCCAACCUUCUUCAGGAAGUUGGAUGUAACCAUGCACAGAGUGUUGGAUUUUCUACAGAUGGGUUCGCCACAACUACCACCAUGAGGAAACUUCGCCUAAUUUGGGUUACUUCUCGCAUGCACAUUGAGAUAUACAAAUAUCCAGCUUGGGGUGAUGUUGUGGAGAUCGAAACCUGGUGCCAAGGAGAAGGGAAAAUCGGCACUCGGCGUGAUUGGAUUCUGAAAGAUUUGGCUACUGGAGAAGUUAUUGGUAGAGCUACUAGCAAGUGGGUAAUGAUGAAUCAAGACACCCGCAAGCUUCAACGUGUAAGUGAUGAAGUUAGGGAAGAAUAUCUCGUCUUCUGCCCAAGAACUCUUAGAUUAGCAUUUCCAGAGGAGGAUAAUGGUAGCUUGAAGAAAAUUCCCAAGCUUGAAGACCCUGCCCAAUAUUCAAGGCUGGGACUUGUGCCUAGAAGAGCUGAUCUGGACAUGAAUCAACAUGUAAAUAAUGUCACUUACCUUGGAUGGGUCCUUGAAAGCAUGCCUCAAGAAAUUAUCGACACCCAUGAGCUACAAACUAUCACCCUCGACUACAGGCGAGAAUGCCAGCAUGAUGACGUAGUCGACUCCCUUACAAGUUUAGAGUUGCCUGAAACUGACGGCACGAACGGGUCUGCGACCGCAAAGCAUCAUGAAGAGGAUGAUCGGCCCCAGUUCCUGCAUUUCUUGAGAUUGUCCGGCACCGGGCUCGAGAUAAAUCGGGGUCGCACCGAAUGGAGGAAAUUGGUUAGAUGAUCGUUUAUUUUUGUUAUGAGGAUCAUUAUGUCUUCUAUUCUUCAUUUUUUGUUAUUUGUUUUGAGUGUAACUUCAGAUUGCUUCUUUAAAUUGUGAUCGACAUUGUUAUUACUCCACUGCUUUUUUUCUUUCCUUUCUGGGCAACUGUUAAUGCCUCUGGCGACGAUGUGCGCGAUCAUUUAAGAUAUUGUGAAUUGUAUCCAUCUUUGUUGUAAGAAUGUCUGCUUCUUGUGGAAUUUGCAUUA